GUCACAACACUAGUUCUACUCGAUUUGUUUGAAAGGUCGCUUGUGAAGUGAAGCCGAAUUAAAAGCGUUUUUUUGUUAAUUUACGAAAAUAAGGAAUAAUGUCGGCCCGUUACGAUCGAGCUAUCACUGUAUUUUCACCUGACGGUCAUUUGCUGCAAGUUGAAUAUGCUCAAGAGGCCGUUCGCAAAGGAUCCACCGCCGUCGGUGUUAGAGGAGCUGAUGUUGUAGUAUUAGGAGUAGAGAAGAAAUCUGUGGCUAAACUGCAAGAAGAAAGAACUGUGAGGAAAAUCUGUCUACUUGAUGAUCAUGUUGUUAUGGCGUUCGCCGGCCUGACGGCUGAUGCUCGAAUCCUGAUUAACAGGGCACAGAUUGAAUGCCAGACGCAUAAGCUAACAGUUGAAGACCCUGUCACACUGGAGUACAUAACCAGAUAUAUUGCUGGACUCAAACAGAAGUACACUCAAAGUAAUGGUCGUCGACCAUUUGGUAUCUCUUGUCUGAUUGGAGGAUUUGAUUAUGAUGGGCUUCCUCACUUGUUCCAAACUGAGCCAUCUGGUAUCUACUAUGAGUGGAAAGCAAAUGCAACUGGAAGGUCUGCUAAAACUGUCCGUGAGUUCUUGGAGAAAAACUAUACUGCAGAAGAAGUUGCUGCAGAAAAUGGUGCUGUCAAGCUUGCAAUCCGAGCACUUUUAGAGGUUGUCCAGUCGGGCCAGAAGAACUUAGAGAUUGCCGUAAUGCGACGUGGUCAGCCUAUUCAAAUGUUAGAUGCUGACACAAUCAACUCCUAUGUAUCCGUCAUUGAAAAAGAGAAAGAAGAAGAAGCUGAGAAGAAAAAGCAGAAGAAGUAAUAUCAUUCUGUAAUUUUUUAUCUUAAUACAUGGUAUAAGGAAUCA